AUGGUCGGCACCUUUACAAUCGCCGUGCUUGGAUCUCCCGGAGUGGGGAAAACGGCCAUAAUCCGCCAGUUUCUUUACAAUGACUUCAGCCACGUGUACACCCCGACCAGAGCAAGGUACGUUCACAGACCUUCAGUGAUUUUGAACGGUAACAUGUACGACUUGAAGAUCAUGGAUGUGCCGCAGAUUCCAACAUUUCCAUCAACCAGUGCUCAGGAAUGGUCGGAUUCUCGGUGCCGAGGUGUUAGAAAUGCAAGCGCAUACGUGCUUGUGUAUGACAUCUGCUGCUUCGAUAGUUUUGAAUACGUGAAAAUGAUUCGGCAGCAAAUUGCAGAAGUCAGGGGUACCUAUCCAAAGCAAGUACCAAUUAUCAUUGUUGGAAAUAAGAGAGACCUCCAAAAACAGCGCUUCACUCCACGAAAGACUGUAAGUGUCCUGGUGAAGGAGAUGUGGAAAUGUGGUUACAUCGAGUGUUCUGCACAAUAUAACUGGCAUAUUUUACUUUUGUUUCAAGAACUCCUGAGCAGCACUGUGGGUAGAGGCUGCAAACAUGUGCAUCCAUCCAUUAACAUCCAAGGGGCACUGCAGAGAAACAGGUGCAAUGUGAUGUGAUUAUUUGUUAAACUAAAUAUUGCCAUUUGUUCUACUGAAUGAUUAUGAUCUUUCUUUUAGCUUUCCAAGAACUAUUGGACCUUACUGUGAAUAGGAAAAUUGUGGAAUAUAAAAUCUCUUUUUUUAAAAAAACUAGGACAGCUUUGAAUUCAGCCUCACAUCUCUGGCUGGAUUUACUGUGAACUUUACUGUACUUCAUCUACAAAUCAACAUUUUUCAGUAUUUCAAAUUGUUUAAAUCACUUUUAAAAAUCAGCAAAAAUUGACAGUUUCCUCAGUUCUUUAUUAAACAUCAAAUUAAGGGGAAAAAUUGGGCCCUUACAGAUCCAAGUAAAUUUGGAAAAAUAUUAUUUCAAAAUGAACUAUUUAAGAACACAACCAAACUUAAACCAGGGAUUGAAAAAUAAUGGUUUUUAUUUGGAAUUCUGUAGGAGGAACAGGAAAUUGGAGUCAGACCAAUGCAUCCACAAACAUCACAUGUACACUGGUACCCAUCAGCCCUACAUCUUUGCUUCCGUUGUCUGUGUUGUCAGACUCUAGUCUUGAAUAAGUUUCAAUUUCCUCCAAUAAAACAUUAAGGGCGUCGUCAUUGGUCUCUACCACAAACUCCAUAACCUUGCUAUCAAUUCAAUCCUCCCCUGCCACCAUCUUAAGCCCAAUGAGUUUGCUUGCUAUGUGUCCUAAUCAAUCCCAAGAUGUGCUUUAUAGCCAACCUAACACAAAGACCUAUUUCCAAUUCUAACAUCACCCGUCUCUACACUUACUUCAACCUAUCUGCUGAUGGGACCUUCUUUGGAUUGUACAUAUCUCUAGCCUCCCAUCCUCCACAUUUCUCUCAAGCUCUGUCUACUGUACCUUAUCCCACACCAAGUCACACUCACUCAUAUUCUAUCCUUGUUGAACUAUAUUCUCUCUCACUAGAAUAUAUGAGGCCAUUAAGCUCGGCAAGCCUGUAUUAGCAGUGAAGAUCAUGGCUGAUCUCUUAACUCAAAUUCCACUUUCACCUCCCACCCCAUAUCCUUAGGAGUUCCUUAGUGUCCAGAAAUGUAAAAUCAAUCUUGGUCUUGAAUAUAUUUUAUGAGCGGCGCUCAGGUCUCUGGGGUAGAGAAUUCAAAAAGUUCACACCUUUUUGAGUAAAGAAAUUGCUUUUCAUUUGUCUUACAUAACUGCUCUCUUGUCCUGAGACAAUGACCCCUAGUUCUACACUGUCCACCCGGGGCGGGUUGGGAAAACAGCCUCUACCCUUUGAAGCCCUCUAUAAAUUUGUGCAUUUUCUACUCUCUUCAUUACAUCAUUAGAAAUGCUUCAGCCAAUUAGGUCCCACAUCCUGAAUUCCAUCGCUAAAUGCUUUGUUCACCUUCAAGAUUAUCCAACCAGUAGCACAGCUGAGAGGGAGAACCUGCCACAUUUUAUUGUUUAACCUAUAGUUAAAUCCAUGGACUGACCAAAUAAAUAACAUGAAUAUUUAAAUAGUGCAUAUAAAAUCACUCCCAUGUUUGCGGGGUAUAGAAAAUAGUCAGUUGGUGGCCCAACUUCAUUACUCACCAAAAAAAAAAAUCCAAGAGAAGGAUAGCAGACAACAAAAAUUAACAUGUGGAAUA